GGUGUGUCAAAGAUCCAUUCAGCAGCGCAAUGUGGGGGAUGGCGCGCAUCGAUGAGUGGAAACCGGUGAUCGCAAUGCUGGUCUUCGACCUCAUCUCUGCCGUGACAACGGCCCUGAUCAAGGCGGCGCUUGAAGAGGGACUCGACCGUCUGGUGCUCAUCACGCUGCGUCAACUGGUGGCCACGGUCUUCCUUUCUCCGAUCGCAUUUUUCAAAGAACGGAGCACAAGGCCUAAGCUCACACUGGAGAUCCUGGUGUACCUCUUCUUCAGCGCAGCGUUAGGCGCCGCGCUCUCUCAGUACACCUUCUUCUUCCCAUUUUAA